AUCGAUUUAACUAUAUCGAUGUUACUACGCAUGCUGAAAACUGGCCCACUCCGGAGACUCCGAGCUGGCCUCGCGCUGGUCUUGACUUGCGUGUAGUUGAUGACAGUUCAAUGUUGAGAAGUGAUAAAGGAAGUUAUCUAUCUUGUAGGAGGAACAAUUAUGUGUUCGUGGUACACUAAUGAAUUAAUCAACAUGGAAUGUGAAUUUCAAUCACUAAGGUGAUAGUUUGUCGUCUUAGCAAAUAAUUUUUGGUUUUGUAAAUGUAUCGCACUUCUGACAUCGUCCAAAUAUGAAAGUUUUGUUGAUUUCCCACGUCUUGUUUCUCCUGUUUGCUUUGCAUACAGAAGGAAGAGGUGUUAAUGGUGGUUGGGGUUGUGCAACAUGCACGGUUGUGUUUGGAAUAACUGGCCAGUUGUCCGAAAUUUAUAAUGAAACUAUCUUUGCUGCCUCAUUACGCUUCUGCCAUUUAAUGCCACAUCCUAUUGGCGAUUACUGCCAUGCUGUGGUGCAGAAAUUAGAACCUAUUCUUAUCAACAAACAGCUAACUGAAAUGUUUACUCCAGAUGUUUUAUGUUAUGGAAUUGGAUUCUGUUACAUAGACUCUGAUCAUGGUUAUUGUCAUCUCUUUCCUCGACCACAAGAGAAUUUCCACAAAAAUGUACUGCGAGCAAAGACAGCACGUGGAUCACAUUGGCGAGGCCGUGAUUGCAGGGAUUGGGAUUUCAAAUCAUAUCCAGGCACUAAACCAGUAAAAGGAGAUAAAUAUUUUGAUUCAAACUGUAAUGGUAUUUGGGGAGUAAAUGAGCAUUCAGACCUCUCCUGGGAAGAAACACUGUGCGAUGAAUCAAAUUCUAGAGGUUUGAUUGUCUUAGGAGAUUCGGUGUCUGCUCAUUUUCACUUUCCGGAGGUGUGGAUGAAUCCAAAAAUAAUGUCUUCAUCAAGUUUUCAAAAUCUCACAGAACACUUGCUUGAUGAACUGGAUUGGCCUCAGUUGGGUUUCAUGACAGGUUAUGAGAAUUCCUCUGAACCCUUGCUUAUAAAGGAUAGGCAGUGCUUCUUGGGAAAAUCUGAUUCAAUAUACUGGCGCUUACGUAAUCAUAACAGAUGCAAUCACAGAGACUAUCAAAAUGUUUGCCGCAAUGGUGCAAACUCUUUUGAUAUUCUAUCGUAUGUGGAAAAUGUUGCUCGGAAUCAUAAUUCUGACAAACCUGCCUUAGUCUUGUAUGCAGCAGUUGGAAACGAUGUGUGCAACAGUUAUAAAAAAACCAUUGAAAAUAUGACUACCCCAGAGCAGCUCAGAAAUAAUGUUCUUCAAAUAUUAGAAAAAUUAAAUAGUAUAUUACCAAACAGAAGUCAUGUUAUACUUAUCGGGUUAGUGGACGGUGGAUUUAUUUUUCCCACUAUGGCAAAUCGCAUUCACCCACUUGGAAAGCUACAUGGAGACAUUAGGUAUAAAGAUGUUUAUCAGUGGUUUACUUGUAUGGAAAUAGGACCUUGUGUUGGCUGGAUGACCCCCAAUGAAACUCUCCGACAUUUUGCAACCAAGAGAGCUAAAGAUUUAAGCCAAGUUCUUCAGAAUAUUUCACUGACACACAAAUUUGACAAUUUUGAAUUAAAUUAUCUGGAUAAUCCUUUCCAUAAGGUUGUUCAAAAUUGGAAAUCAGAAGGAAAGCCUCUUUGGCAGAUAAUUGACCAAAUUGACAGUUUGCAUCCUGCUCAGGCUGUUCAGUCACUGAUAACUGAUGCUUUAUGGCAAGAUAUCAUGGAAAAGUUUCCUCAUGUACUUGGGGAAGAGAAUCAACAUAAUUCUGUAAUUCAGCAAUUGUUUGGUGAUCAAGGUGGUCACUAAAAUGAGAGAUAUCCAAUGUUUCAUUUCUAGAAAAGUGUAUGUUAAUUUAAGAAAAGAGACUAAACCAUUCAUCAUUAUAAUGUGCAAUAUAAUUACAAACCCAGAAUGGGCUAAAACAUAUGGGUCCUCUUAAGCCAGUAUAAAGUACUCAAUCAACUCAGUAUUACAGUUCAUGAAGUAGCUAACGAGAAACAUCUUAAACUUCUUCCAAAAAUUGAAUACUAUAUGUAUAUAAAAGCAUUUAGAACCUAUUAUUUUCAAUAAAGCAAACCGAAAUUUAUUAGUUGUGCUUUUAACAUAUUACAGAUGUUAUUAAAUUAUUUUUAAUGUUUAUGUAAAGUUAUAAUAAUUAUAUAAGAAAAUGCAUAGUACUAAUUUUUCUAAAAUGCUUUACAAAUAUCUAUAAAUCCAAUUACCAGAAUUAUAGCACUCUUGUCUCAAAUAAUUAAAAUAUCUUCUCAAACACUUGGAAAAUCAAAUCAUUUUUUGCUACAAACCAAAAGCCGAAAAUGGGCUUAGCAAUGCUGAAUCUCUACAUCUGGCUAUCAUUCAACAGAAUUAGUUCCUAUGAGAAUACUGGAGUCUCACCGUCCUCAAAUUCUUGUCUACAACACAUGCAACCAUUUUACUCAAAAUUCCAAAAUAAGAAUACAAGACUUUACAUUAAAAUUAUGGAGUAUGUUUCAUUCCUGGGAUAUCGAAAAUCUAAAUACUCUUUUAUUAAAUAAAAAUCAUUUUCUUAAUUUUUUGGACUCUUCAUUUUUUUACUUUGUUUAAAUUAAAUGAGGCUUUUGGAAAAGUAUUGAAAACCGAACCCUUUCCAUUUGCAAAUUUUCAAGACAAAUUUGUUGUUUUAUUGAAAGUGUUUUUGAAAAUGUGCUGCUUUUGUCUCAUUUAUUUUCUUGCACUUACUUCUUAAGUUAUGUAAUGGUGCGCUGAAAAACAGUGAAUGUUCAGUACAAAAACCUCUUAUUGCUGGAUUCUGGUAAUGAAGUCUAUAUAUAUUGUCCUCACGAACAGUAAAUUACUUCAAACUCGUGUUAUCAGAAUCCAUGUUUUGUGGGCCUAUGGUACCACAAAAUCAACUGACUGCAUUCCGUCUUUCCGUCCACCAGUCUGUAGUCAGAGCUAGCGCCUAAACCUAAUGUUCAACCAAUUUUCUCUGGAAUAUUGCCAAAUGGAUUGAAAUGAACUCCAUGCCCUUUUGAUCUUGGGGGUACUUAAUAUAAAAAUGUCAACAUUU